AGGAUGGACCUUUAAGUCUGCUGGAAGGACGGAAGGAAGGAACAGUCAUCCAACGAGCGCAAACGAGAGGGACCGAGUUAGAGCGAAACGCUGUGCGUUAUAAACAACCCCGUGGCUGCGGCAGCGGAGGAGAGCUGGGUGCCUGCGCGUCUCCAAAAUAACUGGCUGUCCGUCUCAAAUGAUCUCAAAGCGACAAGUUUCACUUUCCACAGGCGGAUGGGUGACUUUCCACGGCGCUUUGUGAGGAGGAGAUGAUGAAGAAUUUCAGCAGCAGUCCCCUUCACAGCAACAGCCAGACUCCCAACCACAUAAGAGAGCGAAACAACAGAAAGUACAGCUUACUCUCUACUAUACCGCUGCGAUUUUCCCUGCGAGGUUAUGGUUUCUGCAUGGCUACGCUGUUCCUCUUCUGUUUCGGCUCCCUUUUUUACCAGCUGAACGGAGGACCCCCUAAAAUCCUGCUGGACAUCCGACAGUAUCUCGGGGUUUGUGGGAAAAAUCUCUGGUCAAUCAAAAUGGCCACCGGCAGGCUCUUUAUCCAUAAGGACAGGCUAGCAAGACAGCUGGUGUCGUGCCCACAUGUCCACAAGCAGAAACGAGGUGAAUCCACAUAUCUGGAUGACCACGGACCCCCUCCUCCAAGAGUGCUCCCGUUCCCUAGCCAGGUGGUUUAUAACCGUGUGGGCAAGUGCGGCAGCCGGACAGUGGUCAUCUUACUGAGGUUACUGGCUGAGAAGCACCAGUUCAACCUGGUCUCCUCUGACAUCCACAAUAAAACACGCCUCACGAAACAUGAACAGGUGGAUCUCAUGAAGAACAUCAGUAAUAUCCCUCAGCCAUUCCUAUACACACGGCAUGUUCACUUCCUUAACUUUACCAGGUUCAGGAUAGAACAGCCUGUCUAUAUAAACAUUAUCCGGGAUCCCAUCAACCGGUUCCUCUCCAACUACUUCUUCCGUCGUUUUGGUGACUGGAGGGGCGAGCAGAACCACCUCAUCCGCACACCAGGGAUGAAAGAUGAUGAGAGAUACCUGGACAUCAAUGUGUGCAUUCUAGAGAAUUACCCUGAAUGCUCCAACCCCAGAGUUUUCUACAUCAUUCCCUACUUCUGUGGACAACAUCCUCAAUGCAGGGAGCCAGGAGUGUGGGCUUUGGAGAGGGCCAAACAGAAUGUGCUAGAGAACUACCUCCUUGUGGGUAUCCUUGAGGAACUGGAGGAUGUUCUGCUUCUGUUGGAGAGGCUCUUACCUCAUUAUUUUACUGGAGUACUUAACAUUUACAAGAGCCCCGACUACAGGAAGAUGGGAAACAUGACAGGCACUGUGCGUAAACACACACCCACUCUGGAGGCCCUGCAGGUGCUGUACCAUCGCAUGCGCUACGAGUAUGAGUUCUACAACUUCAUCCGUGACCAGUUCCACCUCAUGAAGAAAAAAAUUGGCCUCAAGUCUGUCUCCCAACCGCCUGCCUACUCACCCGCUUUCCUGCGAGAGCUGGCCCUCAGAACACCAGAGCCUCUGGGUGAGGAUGAGGAGCUAGACACAGACACAGACCUGGAGGAUGCCAACAGCUGGCUGGUCCAUCCCUAAAAAGGCUGUUCGAUCAACAGUGGAUGUAGCCAAAAAAAAGCAGAUUGGCUAGAAUUGGCUGGAGAUAGCUGGAGGCAGCCUGAAGGCAAAGGGCAGCGUUCCCUGUCUUUCAGCAAUCCCGAGAAAAGUGAGGUGUGUUUAGGGAUGUGCAGAUCCUGACACUCGUGUUUUUACGAGCCCUGUUCUCCAUCUGCAGUAGACUCCCUAUCUUGACAGACUCAGCACUGAGGACUAUAGGGAGUUAUUGGAAGUACAAAAUACUCUAUUUAAAAAUUGACCAAGGACAAUGGGAAAUAAUGUUAAACUCAUUUUGCUCAUUUUGACUCAGAUAUGUUUUAAUUUGAGCUUGUUGUGGGGUUUGUUUAUGUAAUUAAAAAAAAAAAGUAAUCGCUGUAAUCUCCAGGAGAGAUUAGCGCAAGAUGUGGACAGCUAAAUGUGUUGGGAAAUAUUCUAAAUGUUGGUUGCUGGGAUGUUUACUGUAUGAGUAGACUUCAGAGACAUUGCCCAAGAGAGAGGAUCAUACUUUAUUAAGGGAUUAACGUCCUAAAACCUGGAAUGGAAAUAGUAUCUAUGAAUAAAAAAGUGCCAAAAGUCUUGUAUGUAUAUUGGACUGUUGUAAGUGCCAAACCUCGCUAAGAGUUCCAGUAACUGUGACAGAGGACCCUCUGUGCACAGCUGAUGCAGUUGUGUGACACAGUCAAGUCGGUUGGUACAGUAUUGGUUUAUAACAUUUUGUUUAAUUUGUAAAAUAUUAUUAGGUAAAAAUGAGGGUUAAACAGUAUGCACUCAAUUAUGAAUUCAAAGAAUUCCAACUACGUGUGCAUGAACAAUUGAGUUUGACCAAACCAGCAUUGUAUUUUAGCAUAGAUUUAUUACUUGGGACAGGUUAUUAGUUGAGAAUAUAGACUAAUAUAACACUAAAAGGCAUUUAUGGAGCGUAAUUAGUUAAAUCCAAAGUUUAAAAGAUUGAGCUUGCCAAAUACCAGUGUUUCUACUGCGAUGCAUUACAAAGCUGUAUGAAUAUACUGCACUUUUUCUGAGGUAAUUUUUCAUGAAAUUCUGCAGCAAAAGGAGGGUAGGUCACAAAACUGGAUACUAAUUUGCCUUCAAAUGGGAUUAUGUUACUGUUUAAGCAUUCCUUUUGGUCUGUUUUCUUUCUCAAAAUAUUAUCAUGAAAGUGUAUGAAGUGUUACGAUCCAGCUAACACAAAUUUCUAAUUCUCUAGCAGCUAUUCCGAGAGCAUGUUUUUGAUCACUCAUGUAAAAAAAAAAAAAAAAAAAUCAUGCGGAGAACAGUAACCAUAAGCUAAUAUGUGACUGUCGUCUACGUAUUUCAUUCUGCUAUC